UUCCGGGGCGGCCGGGGAGCUGCGCAGGUUUCCCUUAGUCCUGAGCUUUACCGAAGCCAUGCUUAGGCUCCGCUUACUAACGUGGGACGUGAAGGACACGCUGCUGCGGCUGCGGCAGCCGGUGGGGGAGAGUUAUGCGGCCGAGGCCUGGGCUCACGGGGUCCAGGUGCAGCCGGAGGCUCUCAGUCGGUCUUUCCAGGAGGCAUACGGAGCCCAGAGCCGGCGCUUCCCCAACUACGGCCGAGGUCAGGGCCUCAGCUCCCAGCAGUGGUGGGUCGACGUUGUGAAGCAGACCUUCAGGCUCUCGGGCGUGCACGAAGAUGGAGUCCUGACGCUGAUAGCGGAAAAACUCUACUGUGACUUCUGCAGUGCCCAGAACUGGGAGGUGCUGCCAGGAGCCGGCGAGACCCUGAGCCACUGCUGCCAGCGCGGCUUCCGCAUGGGGGUCGUCUCCAACUUCGAUAACCGGCUGGAAAACGUCCUCUCCCAGUGCAACCUGCGGCACCACUUUGAAUUUGUCCUCACCUCCGAGGAUGUGGGCUUCGCCAAGCCGGACAGGAGGAUCUUUGAGAAAGCGCUGCGCCUCAGCGGGGUCCUGCCGGAGCAGGCGGCUCACGUGGGGGACAGCUACACCCGGGAUUACAGGGCAGCCCAAGCCGUGGGCAUGCACAGCUUUCUGCUCCGGGCUGCCGGACAGGGUGAGGAGCCAGAGGUGCCCCCUGAGCAUGUCCUGCCCACACUCACCCACCUCCUGGCUCUUAUUGAGAAGGGGUAGCUGCGUUUCAGAGGAGGACCAGCGCUGCUGCUGAGCAGCGAACUGGUCCUGGCGCGGGAUUUCUUGCUGCUGGUUGGGCAGGGAAACAAGUGAGCACUUCUGACUGCCUGCGGAGCAGGAGAGGUGUUAAUGCAAUAAAAUGUAUCUGACGCUCA